AUGGGCGGCAUAGGUGUUAACCUUCACCUCAAUAUGUUGAAUGGAACAGACACGCAAAGUUUUUCUAAAGAAGCCGAUGUAAACAGCAACCUCAACCGGAACAAAGACUUCACGGACUUCAAAAUGGGAAUCCAGGACACCAGAUUUUUUUAUCAGGACUCGAUUCAAAAUGGACAGGACAAUGUGCCUCUGCCGUACCACGCAGACCAAAGUGUUGCCGGUUUCGGAGCGCAAACGGGGAGAUUCUACACACCGAGUCCACUUACCAGUUGUCAUUUCAGCAGCGUUCGGUCGCCAGCCAGGAGCGGUACGGGACAAACGUAUCUGCCGACAAGUGCAGAUGGAUAUUCAGCAAAUAGUAAAGAAGUUUACCCGAGUAGCGCGGACACAUACGCAGCGCCUUUCCAACACGGCUACCCUCGCGCACCACUCUAUUCAAUACCUGGUCUACAGGUGUGCGGGAAGACGCAAGCUCUUCUCAACAACUACCCUCUUUGGGCGAAGUUUCACAAAUACCAAACUGAGAUGAUCAUUACCAAACAGGGACGGAGGAUGUUUCCUUUCCUCAGUUUUAACAUCAGCUCUUUGGAUCCUUCAUCCCACUAUAACGUCUUUGUGGAUGUGGUUCUGGCGGACCAGCACCACUGGAGGUACCAGGGUGGAAAAUGGGUCCAGUGUGGAAAAGCAGAGGGUAACAUGCCAGGAAACAGGAUGUAUAUGCACCCAGACUCACCCAACACAGGCACACACUGGAUGAGGCAGGAGGUUUCCUUCGGCAAGUUAAAACUCACUAACAACAAGGGGAGCUCCAACAAUGCCGCCCAGAUGAUUGUGCUCCAGUCCCUGCAUAAGUAUCAGCCCCGUCUUCAUAUAGUGGAGGUGAAGGAAGAUGGAACUGAUGAUCCCUUCCUCACCGCCAAAGCCCAGGUCUUUGUUUUCCCUGAGACCCAGUUCAUCGCUGUAACGGCCUAUCAGAACGCAGAUAUCACUCAGCUGAAAAUAGACCAUAACCCUUUUGCCAAGGGUUUCCGGGACAACUAUGACACGCUAUAUGCACCCCCGGAAUCGGACCGCCUCACCCCGUCCCCAACUGAAGCACAGCAGCUGCUGCCUGGCAACUGUUACCAUCACCAGCCGUACCUGUCCGAACCCUACGUGAGUCCCCUGUCCCAGAGCCGAUUCUACAGCCGCGAACCGGUUACCAUGGCCCAACAGGGACCCAAGGAUCCUGCCGCCAGCCCUCACAGUCGCUGGUACCUGCCCAGCCAGCAGGGGGUGCCGACAAACCGCCUGGAGUUCAACUCUUAUGAUGGUGACUACCCCACCAACAGCUUCUACAAGCCUUUCCCCCUCCAGACGUCGGCUCACCAUCCUCUGGGAUACUAUCCCGACAGUCCCUUCAGCACUGGGGGAGUGUCCGCAGCCAGUCCAGGGCCCUGGGCCACUGGAAGACCCUCACCACAGUAUCUCAACCACCCCCAUCCCAGUAAACCCACGCCUAGUCUCAGCUGGUACAGACCCAUGUCUUCCUCAUCAUCUUCCUCCCCCACAGCCGCAAACUCCCGACUCCAUCCGCCCGGGCUUCUGGAUCCCCUGCGUCUGCCGCUGCUUCCAGACAAACCCAAGGAACCGGGGGAGGACCCCUGGAUGGAGGCCCCCUCCGUCAAAUCGGUGGAUUCUGCCGAUUCGGGUUUGUUUGAGGGAGGGGAGAGCAAGAAGAGAAGAGUAUCACCGUACACCUCCAGCACAGAGAAUUCUCCACCCAACCGGAGCACAGAGGCCUGGGAGAAGGACAGCAGCAGCGACGCUGGUUACUACGGCUUCUACACCCACUGA